GAAUUGUGUUCGAAAACGGGACUACAGAGAAUGGAUCUCCGUGAAUCAAUUACCAACCAAACCAACGUUUCAUUCACCAUCGCCAACCAUUUGUUUUCAAAUGUAUCUCACAGUGAUAUGAACAUCGUCUUCUCGCCAUUGUUGCUCCAUCUUGUGCUUAGCAUCAUCGCUGCUGGCUCCGACGGUCCCGUACAACAACAGCUUCUCUCAUUCCUCCAAUCCAAAUCCACCGAUCAUCUCAUCUCCUUCGCCUCUCAGCUUGUUUCCGUCGUCCUCACCGAUGCUUCUCCAGCUGGCGGACCUCUCCUCUCUUUUGUCGAUGGUGUCUGGAUUGAACAAACACUAUCUCUUCAACCUUCAUUUAAACAUAUCGUGUCUACCGAUUUCAAAGCCAAUUUGUCUUCCGUUGAUUUCCAGAACAAGGCUGUUGAAGUGAGCAAUGAAGUGAAUUUAUGGGCUGAAAAAGAGACUAAUGGACUCAUUAAAGAACUUGUUCCUCAAGGAUCAAUCGACAGCAACACCAGGCUCGUCUUUGCUAAUGCAUUAUACUUUAAAGGAAUAUGGAAUGACAAGUUUGAUGUUAGGUUAACAAAAGAUAAAGAUUUUCACCUUUUGAAUGGUAACUCUACCAAGGUUCCCUUCAUGAGGAGCUAUGAGAAGCAAUUUAUUCAAGCUUAUGAUAGUUUUAAAAUUCUCCGUCUUCCUUAUGCACAAGGCGAAGAUAAGCGCGAAUUCUCCAUGUAUAUUUUUCUUCCAAAUGAAAAAGAUGGAUUGUCAGCUUUGGUUGAGAAAGUGGCUUCCGAAUCUGAGUUACUUGAUCACAUACUUCCUUAUAAAAAAGUAGAAGUAGGUGACUUUAAGAUUCCAAGAUUCAAAAUUUCAUUUGGGCUUGAAACUUCUGAUGUACUGAAAGAAUUAGGAGUGGUUCUACCUUUCUCUACCGGAGGUUUGACGAAAAUGGUAGAUUCUCUUGAGGGUCAAAACCUUUGUGUGUCUAAUAUAUUUCAUAAGUCUUUCGUUGAAGUGAACGAAGAAGGCACAGAAGCUGCUGCGGCCACAGCAGCAAUUGCAGUAAAUAGCGCGAGGAUGAAUGAUCCAACUCCAGUAGACUUUGUAGCUGACCAUCCUUUCUUAUUUGUGAUUAGAGAAGACUUCAAUGGAACAAUCCUCUUUGUCGGUCAGGUGCUUAAUCCUCUUGCUGAACGAUCUUAGCCAUUCACCCUCUAUUAGAUUUCCGACAGAUGAAUAAAGAACUUGUUUUCUCA